CAGCGGGGAGCUGCUCUGCCGGCGGCCUGUACGAAAACGUGGAAAACCAGGAGUGUGUCCAGAACCAGGAGGUUUUGCCCAGGGAGCCCCCUUCGCAGCCCCCUUCGUCCCCAGGGCCGGCCUCGGAUUCCAGCCGCUACGCCUCUCUGGCUCCACUGCUCCCCAAGAACCACGGUGGGAGCCACGUGGAAGGAGGAGCCAACCUGGAGGCCCCCAGCGCGUUCCCACGGCCUGUCCGGCCCGACAGCGUCUCUUCCAACUACAGCAACUUGAGCCCCAGGGGCGCGCCUGGCCCUGCCCGCCCGCAAGAGCCCGGCACGUUCAUCCAGCAGGAAAGAGGGAAGCCCGAGCAGGAGGCUUCCCGCUGCUUUUUUAAGCAGAUCGACUCCUCUCCACUCGGAACAGACGUGGGGCCGCAGGAGCCCGGCAAGAAUUACCACAGCCCCCCCUCCCAGGCGCCCACGCCUAGCCCCCCCAAGCCCACGGGCGUGUUCCAGACCAGUGUCAACAGCUCCUUUGAGCCGGUCAGGGCCCACAGCCUGGGGGUGAAGCCUGCGGAGACCGAUCAGGCCAAGGUGGUGGCCGAGCUGAGAGAGGAUCGCCCCAGCCAAAGGAGUAGCCAGAGGAGCUCGACGGUUGCCGUGGCCUCCCCGGGGAACCUGGAGCAACCUCCUGACAACCUGGAAACCCUCUUCCUGCCCCCGGCCCACGCCUUGCCCCCCUCCCUGGGGGGCGGUGGCAGCGGAAGCCCCCGCCAGCUGGCCGGUGGGGCAGGGAUGGAGAAGAGACCAACCGCCAGAGCUCAGGAAAGGCUGGGAAAGAAGUGCGAGAGCCCAGCCACCACCCUCUGGGCGCACAACGAGCUGCCCAGUUUUGGGGGCAACGUGCUCCUUGCCCCGGCUGCCCCUGCGGUCUACGUCCCGGCCAAGCAGGUGGUUCAGCCCCCGGAGGAGGCCCUGCCGAGCAAGCCGGGGCCCCAAGCCGGAAGCCUCCCGUCCGAAAAUCUGGAAAACCCUCCCAAGCUGGGGGAUGAAGAGGCCGCGGGCUCUCAGAGGAGCCUGGGUUAUGCCAGCCUCCUGUCCUCCCCGCUGACGGAGGUGCUUCAGAACCAGCCGGUCUUGCUUGCCCAGCCGAGUCAGUUCGGCAGCUUGGCUGCCCCCGCCGGUCCCUCUCUGGGCCAGCCCGAGAAGAGCCCCCCGGCCAAGGACCUGGGCACCAGUGGGACGCCUCUGCUGGAGAGGAACAGGAGCUACAGCCUGUCGGGGGGAAACCCGCCUGGGGGCUUAGUCCACUCAAACCCCUCUUUCUUCCACUGCCCGCUUAGCUCAGCCGAAACUGCCGCCCCCAAGUCCCUGGCUCAGCCUGGCUCUCAAGGGCCCCUCAACUUGGCUAUGGAAGCCCCCCAGCCCCCUGCUGCAGAAGGGCUGCCUGUGGAAAGUGCUGGCCAGCCCACAGGUGGCGUUUCCCUCUCCCACGCUAGCCAUAACCUUCCUGGCUGGUCCCAGAACGCUUCCCACGGCCAGGAGCUUUCCAAACCCCUGGAUUUGGCCGGAGCGAAGUCCCAGGAGCUCAGCAGGGCAGGGCUUGGCCAGCUCCUUUCGGGCAGCCAGGCGUUUCCUCCAGCCCCCGGCCCGGCUGGCCCCGGCAACAACCAGCCACGAGGCCCGCAGCAGUUCUAUCGGCAGGUGACCAAGGACUUGGGGCCUGCCAUGCCCUCCGAUCGAGGGGCGCCCUCGGAGCAAGGCCAUGCAGCUUCUCGGCAUUCUUCCGUUUCCCCCAACCUCCAGAUGCCUCCUGGAAACCCGCACGACCCAGCGCCGAGUCCGAAGCCUUGCCCCGGCGGCCCCUUGGAAGGCAGUUCAGCCCCGCCACCGCCCAGCCAUCCUCAGACAGGCACCGACUUCAGGCAGGAUCCCCGCAUCCCCCCUGGCAUGGGGCCUCCUCCUCCUCCUGGAUCCACAGCCCCAAGCGGCCCCCAACCUGCUCGCCCCCCUUCGCACCACGAGCAGCAAUACCCUCCUUCGCAGAACCCCCAGAAUGCUUACGGCCCACCCGCCAGCUCCUACUACUACUACCGGCACCCCUACGACAGCUACAGCUACCCACCGGUGGAUCCUAGAGUGGCUCAGCUUUACUACCAGGUAGAGUGAAACGUGCUCUGUUUAGCCACCCUCAGGAGGAUUCUGGGGGCUGGGGCUGGGGG